UGACUUGAUAACAGUAGGUUUAGAUGGUUGUUCAUAACAGCUACGAGGGAUUGUUCACAACAACAGAGGAAGGCGCACCAGCUCUGACCAAAUAAAGCACAGUCGCGAUUUUUAGAUCCUGUCUCGGAACUACACAAACGGAAACUAACGUUAACGCGUUCUGGUGCGACAGGGCUUCGUUGUUCUACUGAAAGCUAUUGUUUGUACCGAGCUAGCUUUGUCCUUCGCAGUAACAGCUCUGGUGGUGUUGCUGAUAUAUUUACACAAAUCGUUGUGGAAUAUGGCUCAGCAUGGACAUCAUGUAGCCAGUUCCCAAAAAGCACUAAUGCUGGAGAUGAAAAGUCUCCAAGAUGAGCCGGUCGAAGGGUUCAAAAUAACUUUGGUGGACGAGUCGGACAUGUACAACUGGGAAGUAGCGAUAUUCGGACCCCCAAAUACUCACUACGAGGGUGGUUAUUUUAAGGCUCGGAUCAAGUUCCCUGUCGACUACCCGUACUCUCCACCUGCUUUCCGCUUCCUCACCAAAAUGUGGCACCCCAACAUUUAUGAGAACGGGGAUGUGUGUAUUUCUAUCCUGCACCCACCAGUGGACGACCCACAGAGCGGUGAGCUGCCCUCAGAGAGGUGGAACCCCACACAGAACGUCAGGACUAUUCUGCUCAGCGUGAUCUCUCUGUUGAACGAGCCCAACACCUUCUCCCCGGCCAACGUGGACGCGUCCGUCAUGUACCGCAAGUGGAGGGACAGCAAGGGCAAGGACAGAGAAUACAUCGAGAUCAUCAGGAAGCAGGUGCUGGCUACCAAAGCUGACGCAGAGCGGGACGGCGUCAAGGUUCCCAUCACGUUGGACGAGUACUGCGUCCGCACCCAAGUCCCACCCACAGACGACGGCUCCAACCUCUUAUACGACGACUACUACGACGACGAGGAGCUGGAGGACGACGACGAGGAUGACAACGAGGACUGUUGCUAUGACGAUGACGACUCGGGCACCGAGGAUUCCUGACCUUGCCACCCCGUGACGUCACCCCCAACCCCCCUUCCUUAUUCACCAGUCCCAGUCCCAGCCCCCUCCACCCCCCACUCCGCCCCACACAUACACACACACGCACACCUCCCUCUUCUGUCAUGGACUGAACUUUAAUUCCCUGCCGCCCCCUUUUUCUUCCCCUCAACCCCUUCAUCAUCCUCACUUAGCACAGGCCUCCCUGUCCACCUUCUGUCACUUGUGCAGUCACUGUAUGCACACUAAAACCUGAUGCAUCGAAGAAAAGAAAGCUACAGAGUUGUUUUUGUUGGUUUCUUACAUGUUUUCUUUUAUUCUUUCUUUCUUUCUUUCUUUUCUUUUUUUUUUUGUUGGAAUAGAGGUUUACACACAUGAUACACACACAGUAGGAAAACUUAUAGUAACAGUACUUCCUCGUCUGCUUCUGCUUCUGCUUGUCUGCACUGGUACCUGGUUUAAAUUCCCACAAAAGUGUUUUUAGCUCCAACACCUAUUUCUUCCUCUGGUUUUGAGAGGAACAAAGCCAAGUUGUGUUUUUUUUUUUUUUUUCUUUUGGUUUUUUCUUUUCUUAUAACUUUGGCCUAGGAAUGGUCACGCCUUUUCUUAACAUCAUCAGCAGCAGGGAGGAAUGUAACGUCACAGGUCAGAUCAGAGUAAAACAUGCAGAGAGCAUUUGUAAAGGAAGCUAAUUUAGAAAAAUUAUAUAGUUUGUGUUUGUGUUUGUGUGUGUGUAUGAGUGUGUGUGAGUGCGUGUGUGUGUGUGUGUGUUGAAAAGCUGAGACACGUCCGCCUCUGAGCCAUGUGUGUGACCUCCAGUUACCAGGCUGUUUGAAGCCCUGCCAUGCUUCACCUCUGACAUUUUUAGAGCCCCAGGGCUUGUGCUGCUCCAAACAGGGAAGCUGUUCACACUCCCUUGUGCCUUCCCUCGCUCCUCGAUACCGCAGAUCUGAAUGACUCAUGGGACAGACCGCUCAAAGCCAAAAACCCAAGCAGCCAGACAAACAAAAGGUGGCAGAGGGAGAUAUUCAGGCUCACAAGGUCUCAGGUGAGGGACAACUGUGCAAACAGCGCCCUCCUGAUGGAACAAGUUAUUAAUAGCAGCACCUGUCAGAUUUGUCCAGGCUGUGAGUGAGAAAGGUAAGAUCCAGCAGCUGAACUAAAGAGUGGAAUGUAAAUCAGGAUCCCACAGACGUCCUCUACCGACUGCCACGCAGCCUUCAUCACACAAGCACGUGCUACUAGUGGCCUGGAUGCAUUAACAAACAGCUAGCUGAGCCUGCUGCUCAUGAAAUCCAAUGUACUGUAUAAAAAAAAAAAAAUUAAAAAAAACCUAUGCAGUCAGGGCUUGAACUCACUUAUUAUGCAGUGCUUUAAACGUGGCAGUGAAGCUGAGCCUUUUCAACGGUCUGACCUGAACUUCAGCUUGAGUUUUACAAGCCAGCUACAUACCUGUUAGGACUUUGGACUGACGGUGUCCUCGGUUAGAGAUGGACAUGUGCAGUUGUGUCCGUUUUUAUGUUUGUCAGUGGUUUGUUAAUCUAAACCAGAGUAGCACAAGUCUCCAGAGCAGAAGAAACAAGAGUGAGAUUGUACACAGGCCUCCACAGAGCACAUCCCCCUAGUGGUGGCUGUGUGUACAAGCAGUUUGUUUUUAUAAUUUUUUUUUUCUACUUUUUUUUUUAUUUUUUUAUUUUUAUUCCCCUGCUCUGAAAUGUUCGACAGCCAUCUUGACUCACCUGAAUCAAUGACACCUGCUACGUGAGAGGAGAUCAGGUAGCAGUGCGAGUGAUUCAGAAGAAUGAAAAUGGCCUGAUGCGGUUUUGUGUUCAGUCUGUACUGUCAGAGACCCUCUUUUUAACUGCCAGGAGUGCUCUGUUGCACACUCAAAAAGACAACAUUACCACCAUCCAGCAGUAUUUCCAAUGAAAUUUUCAACAUCGCUGUAACCAUGUGUCCGUUGCGUGUGUGUGUGUGUGUGUGUGUGUGUGUGUCUGUGUGUGUGUGUGUGUGUGUGUGUGUGUGUGUGUGUGUGUGUGUGUGUGUGUGUGUGUGUGUGUGUGUGUGUGUGAGAAUAUUCACAGAUCGUUCAUAAGAUGUGCUGAAAAGUUGUGAAGAAGAAGCGCAGAAAUGGGAAGGCAUGGGGAUAGGGUUGAUCUUUUGAGCAUGGACAGGAGAAUGUGGUUCUUCACUAGCAUGCUGUUAAUGAUGUGUUUGUGGUUUUAGAUCUGCUAUAAGGGUCGGGAUUGUGUCCAGGGACAAAGGUUCUCAAUUUUAUCUAAAAACUGUCACAUUGGGAAUGGGCUGAGGGUUAUCCGUUUAUUUUGGGCUUCUUUGAAUGUUUUUGAUGUAAUCUUUUUAUUUCCAAAUUGUGGUGUGAGCUGCAAUGUUUUCUGUCUGAUAUGUAUUAAGUGCUAAGAAUAUUGACCUGAUUGUUUAAAAAAAAAAAACCCCCCAAAAAAAACCCAGGAUUGUCCAUGGACGAGUAACUAAAUGUACCAAGUGAAAAUCAAACAACAGAAAAGUAAUACCGAACCAAACUGACACAGCGCACCAUACAUAAAUUCUUCCCAGCCUUUCUUAGCCCUGAAUGCUCAGAAAUUAGUUAUCAAUACCCGAUAAUUGACUGAUGUCCAUUACACAGCCUAUGAAUGAUUCUCCCCCCUCAGUUUCAAUGUUUUAGGGUGAAUGGGAUUUUUUUUUUUUUUUUUUUUUUUUCUUUUGUCAAACCACUGUUAUUUUUACCCCCCCACCCCCAAGUUCUCUGAGCUCUGAUUGGUGGCAGCAUCACUGAGGGAAAAAAACCCAGCAGUUAAAUACAGAAAACAACCUCAGGAAAAAAAAAAGAAAAAAAAAAAGAAGAAACAACCAACAAACAAACAAAUCCUUUUCCAGCUGAGUGAACCUGACCACGGGGAGUCUCACUUUUUGGCUUCAAAGGACUGUUUACAAUCCCUUGAUAUGCACAUGUGGAUAUUUUGACGAUCACUUGAUGUUUUGUUUUUUUUCUCUUGUUUAUAUUUUCUUUUUUUCUUAUGGUUUGUAAAUCUAUUUAAAAUCUGAAAUAAAGAUCUUUAUUAGA